AUGCGCUUCGUUGUGCUCUUCCUCCUCGCGACCCUAGCGGCUGCAGAUCUUGCUUGGUGGUCUUUCGAUGCUUGGGAUGGACUGAGUUGUGGAAACGCACCUCAAAAUGGCCAGGUGUUUUUCACCACGCAGGGAAUGGGCGAUCAAUUAUGUAUCGACUUUGGCACUGGUCAGAUGGCCUACUCCUACGCUUCCUCUUAUAGCGAAGAGAAUGUGGAGGUACGGGGUUAUCUUCACGAACACUGUGAAGGAUCAAGCAAGGUUCUGCAGAACAACACCUGCACCAAUCCAGACAUCGAAAUCCCCUACAUUCGCUCCUGGAGUAUUUACAGUACCGAUGAAUAG